UUGAUGCAGUGAGAGACUCCAGGAGAGAUAAAACACGACUCGGUAGGUAAAGCAUUAUUAGACUUUAGUAUGCAGAAAAGAGGGCUGUUUUAAGGGAAAGGACUCCCCACUGUAAGAAAUAUCCCCACGCCUCCCACACUGCGGCUUCCUCUCUACUGAUUGUCUUGUUUCCACACACUCAUCUGAACGCACUUCAGGCACGGGACAGCAUGACUAGCGGAUACAAGGACGGGGCACCUGAAGAGGACUACGCUCACUCACCGUUCAUCAGGAAACAGGGGAACAUUUACAAACCAAAUAAUAAAGAUAUGGAUAACGACAGCAUCAACGAAAAGACACUCCAGGAUGUCCACACCAAGGAGAUUGACCUGGUCAACCGGGACCCAAAGCAUUUAAAUGACGAUGUGGUGAAGGUGGACUUUGAAGACGUGAUCGCUGAACCCGCCGGCACCUACAGCUUCGACGGCGUGUGGAAAGCGAGCUUCACCACCUUCACAGUAACCAAGUACUGGUGCUACAGGCUGCUGACGGCCCUGGUGGGCAUCCCGCUCGCCCUGGUAUGGGGCAUCUUCUUCGCCAUCCUCUCCUUCAUCCACAUCUGGGCGGUGGUGCCUUGCGUGAAGAGCUAUCUAAUCGAGAUCCACUGUGUCAGUCGAGUCUACUCCAUCUGCGUGCACACCUUCUGCGACCCGCUGUUCGAAGCCAUGGGAAAGUGCUUCAGCAGCGUCCGGGUCACCACCAACAAGGUGGUGUAAGGACAGGGAGACGGAAGAGAGCCAGAGGGAUGGGGUGGGACAGGGGGAAGGAAACCAAUGUCCGAUGCAGGAAGAUAAAACAAAUGUAACCUCUCUAAAAAAAGAGGGAUAGAGAAGUGAACAGAGAUGGAGGGUUGCACUGUAUUUAGGUGACCCUUAGAUCCUCUUCGUCUCUGUUCUGUCCAUAAGCUUUGUCUCCUCUCAGCUUUGGAUUCCUUGGGGUAAAGGGGGGACGUGUGUUAAAAAUGCUCAUUUUUUGUAAAUUGUUAGCAUUUAUAACCGUAGGAAUACCGUUUCAGCCUGACUUCUAAAGGAGCAGUUAAUGCAAAAAUGCUAAUUCUGUUAUUUACUUACCCUCAUGUCAAUCCAUGCUCCGAAACCACCAUAAAAGUGAUCCAUAUGACUUGUGCACAAGUCUACCAUAGUCAUGUGAUAUGAAACACAGUGCAUGAAUCAUAUUGACCACUUUAUGGUACUUUAAUGGUGCUUAUUUUGAACUAGCUUGACAGUAGUCACUAUUAUUAAAGGUAACACCGGGUAUAAAGACGUGCAUGGCUUAAUAUAACGUAAAUUAUGUCUAUAUAGUAGAAAAUCCAUGAAAGAUUUAUGUUAUUUUAAAAGAAUCCACAUCAUUUGAUACAUAUUUUGGACUAUGGGGGGUGCCAUUAUUUUGAUGACGUGAAAUGGAUAGAUGCCAUCCUGGCAGGAUGUAAACAUGCCGGCGCUUGUCGUGACACCGUGGCCACUGAAGGAGUUUCUCAGUGUGGAUUUCAUUUGAUAUCCGGGAGUGUUUAGACUCCUUUUGGAGAAAAAUCGACGGUACUGCAUUUGGUUUAAAGCUACGCUUGUAUACAUCGCCACCUGUAAGCUCUUUCAGUAGCUGCGGCAUCGUAUCUGUAUUUUAUUUUCCGAAUCGUGUUGCGGUAAAAAUAGCAACAGGUAGCGCCAGUAGCUCACCGAGUGCAACUAUUUGAUGUUAUAGAAAUAACGGCACUCCCCAUAGUCCAAAAUAUGCAUAAAACAUUGUGAAAUGUUUUAAAAUCAUGUAAGCUGUAUGGCUUAAUAUAACAUAAAUGAUAUCUCUUACUGAAAUAUGUAGUAGAAAACCCAUAAAAUAUUCACAUUGUUAAAAAAAUCCACAUUGUUUUUUAGACUGUGGGGGGACGCCAUUAUUUCAGAGACAUGAAACGCUAGAUGCCAUCCUGGCAGGAUGUAAACAUGCCGAUGCUUGCCAUGAUGUCGCAGCAACUAAAGGAGUUUCUCAGCGUGGAUUUUACUCGAUAUCCAACUCGCUGUGGUGAAAAAUCGAUGGUACGGCAUUUGGUUUAAGCCUACGCUUAUAUCCAUUGCCACCUGUAAGCUUACAGUAGCUGUGCUCAUCGUAUCAUUAUUGUAUUUCCAAGUUGUGUUGCGGUAAAAGUAGAAACAGGUAGCGAGUGCAACCAUUUUACAUGAUUGAAAUAAUAGCGCCCCCCAUAGUUCAAAAUACGUAUAAAACAAUGUGGAUUUUUUUAAGUAAAGUAAAUCUUUUAUGGGUUUUCUACUACAUAUUUCAUUGAGAAACAUAAUUUAGGUUAUAUUAAGCCAUACAAGUCUUAAUACCCAGGGUUCAUUUAAAAUAGAAUAUAUAUACUUACAUACUUGCAUAAAAAUUUAUUUUUAAGAUGUGGUCACAUUGGUGAAAUUUCUUCGGGACUUUAUGGGCAAAAAGCUUGCACUAUUGUGUAUAGUGUUGUGAUGUAUGAAGCUUAGCUCAUUUUUAACCCAAGCCAUUUUCUGUUGACCAAUACGGUGAAUCUGCAUGAUCAUCUUUUGUGAAAUUCCGUUGGGGAAAGUUACUUUUAAAAGUAAUGCAUUACAACAUUGCGUUACGACAAAAAAGUAACUAAUUGUGUUACUUAUUGUGAAACGUAAUGCAUUAUGUUACUUUUGCGUUAUUUUUUGUCACCUAAGUCAACUUGAAUUUGUUACGAAAACUUCGUUGGGGAUUGUGGAAAGUUAUGUUUAAAAGUAAUGCAUUACAAUAACGCGUUACUACAUAAAAAGUAACAAAUUGUGUUACUUUGUUUCUUUUUGUGAAAAGUAAUGCAUUAAGUUACUUUUGAGUUACUUUUUGUCACCUGGGCUUCACUUUGUGAAGUGAAACAGCCUCAGGCUGAAAGAAGUAAUGCGUUACUUUACUAGUUACUUGAAAAAAGUAAUCUGAUUAUCUAACUUGUGAUGCGUUACCCCCAAAACUGCCAAUCGCAUAUAUCCCUGUUGAAAUAACUGGAUUUCAGCCACGAAAUUUUGCCGAACAACAGUAAAUGUGACCGUACCUUUAACGUUUUUUAAAUUGUUUUCAAGCGUUCAGAAAGAUGCGAGGUUGAGAAAACAAUGACCGAAUUUUCAUUUUGCCGUGAGCUAUACCUUUAAGAUUUGCCUGCUGGGACAAGGCUGUGAAUUUGUUGGUUUUUUUUUGUUUUGUUUGUUUUUCGUCCCCAUUGACACGUCCACUUAGUCGUUCCAAAAUAGUUGAUUAUAGUGUGUAAACAUUAUAUAGUAGAUUCUAAUAGUUUUGUGAUGUUCAUCCUUCUAUUUGGGUACUAUCCCCCUUCAUCACAGGGGUAAUCCAAAAGUUUUUGUGUCUAUUUUGGGAAGGGGCUCAGGGGAAGCUGAACGAAUUUUAGAGAAAAAAUACACAAGUAGGCGUGGCCCUGCUGAUGUCAAGACUGCCCGUCACACUGCAUGUUGCCACUGAAUAUGGUGGACGGCCCAACAUGGGGCAAAAGAGGUCCCCUCACUGAACCCUUUGCCAACUCAGCAUAUACUAACAAAGAGACUGUUCCUGGCUCUGACACGUAACGCUUCGAACCAUCAUGGCAACAGCUUUUUGAGUGGCAGAGAAUGUCUUUACAACUUCCAGAGAGACGUCACAUGAACCUAGCGAAGUCUUCCAGCAGAAGAUUGAACUUUUCCAAGCACAUUAUCACAGCCUUAACAUAUACUUAAACUUUAUGUGCAUUCUUUGAAGAUGAAGAACUUGUUUUUUGCAUUUUGUAAUGUUGUUUCUGCAAUACGAAGUGACAGUUUCGUCCCGUAAACAAACAUGUCUGCUUUUCUGUUUAUUCACACUCACACACACACACACACACACACUGGCAAAGACUGGCAGCAAACUAACGUUUCCAGCAUCAGAGGCUGCUGUUAAAGUGGGGUAUAUAGUAUUUCGUACUGACAUUAAGCUCUCACCUUUUGUCUACCUGCUUUGAUUCGAUCACCUCUUUGUCUACCUGCUGUCUUAGUAUCUAUUGCGACGCAUUUUCUUCGAAGAGUCUGCCUCUGUAGAUGAGAUCGUAUUUUUAUAUGAAAACUGAAAUUCUCUUUCCUUGCUUUUACUGUAAGAUCACAUAAUGCUGUGCACAUUAAAGAAAAUUUAAUAUAAAUCA